AUGCUUGAUCAAGCUACGUCCGGACGGGACGGAUCGAGUCGAUCUGAUUCACAUGGGUCAAGGACUCUUACCAUAGAGAGGCAUGCAACUCCCGAGGCAGAUUCAUUCGCUGACACACAUGUCGGCACGCUUUAUCUGCAAGGCACUCAACCCGAUAACCAAGACGUGCCAUCUCGUCGGCGGAGUAGGCAACGAGUAGUGUGGACCGAAGACACAGUGGACAAUGAGGGAUGCGGGAAAAAGAAAAGUAAAAUCUGUUGUAUCUAUCAUAAAAAGAGAGCCUUUGAUGAAUCAUCAUCUGAAAGCUCUGCAAGUUCUGACGGCGAUGGCUCUGAACCUGACAUAUCGUCAUCGGACGACGACGAGCCUACUUCCGCUCGUUCAUUACCGUCGUCACAUACACAUGGUGCUGGCUGUUCGCAUUCAUCCAAGCCACCGCCUCGUAAUGCGUAUGAGCGUUCUUAG